CAAAAAUUAUGAUUUAUGUACCAGGUAUAAGAAAAAUAAAAUAGUUUCUUUUGGACAACUUUCAUUUCUCGUUCUCAUCUUUAAUAUUAAUCCAGUAAUGUUACCUUAAUACUUUAAGUACAAAGAUAUUGAACUAUGGAUAACAACUGGAAAGUAUUUUUCGAAGAAUUUGCCGAUACGGUGAGAAGUGAGCAGCUGCCGGUCAAAUUACCGAGGUUCGAUUUGGAUUUGGGCGAAUUAGCUGGAGCUGCAGCUGACUGGUGUCACCAAUAUUUAAAAGACAGGAAAUGCCCAACAGAUCUUAUUGUAUGCUUGACGCAAAAAGUCAUUAAUGAAUUAAGAGUUCCAUGGACUGUUGAACCACAAUCUUUUGGUUAUCGCCCUGAAAAAAAAGAUUAUCAAUCCUUAUGGUUAAUGCAACAAGUAAUUGGGAAAUUAAAUGAAAUUUGUUUAAACUACAACCCAACUCUAUUAGAGUUGUACCAUCCUUCAAAAUCUUCAGUAUGGUGGUCAUCAUUCAUUUUGAAAAAUGCCAGACGCAGCAUGGAAGAUUAUAUAACAGUUGUACCAUUCCUGCAUACACUCUUUGAUAUUAAGGGUUAUGCCGAAGCUUCGUUUUAUGCAGUGUACGAUGGUCACAAUGGACAUGAUGCUGCAGUUUAUAGUUCCAUGUAUUUGCACCAGUUUCUCGUGCAGUCAUCUUAUUAUCCAACUAAUCCUGAAAAUGCAUUUUAUGAUGCAUUUUUUACCACAGACAAAAUGUUUACACAAAAAACUGAAAAAUACAAUUUAGUGAGUGGUACUACAGCAGUAUGCGUUUUGUACAGGCCACAAGAAAAAAAAAUCUAUGUAGCUUGGGUGGGUGAUUCAUUAGCUACUCUUUGGAAAAAUGGAACUCCGUUAUCAUUAGUAAACAAACACGUUCCACAAAGAAAUGACGAAAAUCAAAGAAUAAGGGAUGAGGGUGGAAUAAUUACAAAUUAUCAAGGUAUUUAUCGUGUUGAUGGUCAGCUAUCAGUGUCCAGGGCUAUUGGCGACGUCCGGUACAAGCCUCAUAUCUCUGCUAAACCGGAAAUGAGAGCUAUAGUUUUAGAUGGAAACGAGGAGUUUUUGGUGUUAGGCAGCGAUGGGCUCUGGGACCACGUGGACACAGAAGACGUUGCCGAUACUAUCUAUGACGAGCUGCUAGAGGCCGAAGGCGAUCCGUCCGAAGUUUGCAGUAAGCUAGCGUUCAAGGCCAAGGCUCAAGGAUCCAAAGACAACAUAUCAGUGAUCACUGUAUUUCUACAGGAUCCUAAACAGUUAGCGGCCCGGAGAAAGGCCCACAUCAUGGAAACGGCGAUGGAACAGAGAAAUUCUUUAAGUUCGUCCUACGGACAGGACACCUCUGGCUUUGGCCCGGAAACCGAUGUGGACACUCCCGACGAACCAAUCAUCGGCUUAAGCAAACCCAAAGUAGUUCCGACAGACGAGGGUGAAGUCAACGAGAGCAGCGAAGAUUCGGAAGACGGUGGUGGAUGGAAUUACACCAACGGAAACCAGAGAUACUCGGAAAACGACCACAGCGCCGAGGCCGAAGACAUGGACCGUAGGCUCAACCCUGACGCCCCCGAGUUCGUGCCAGUCUCUUCGCCUCCCCGAGCCGACAACUACGUGAACCGUUUCUUGGGAACCAACGAAGAGUUCAUAUCGUCUUCGCCUCAGAAGUUCAGAGAGACCAUCGACAACGAGGAAGUGCCGGACGAGGACGACUUCGCCAGUUACGUGAAAGCCGCCGACUUGUCCAAACUCAACAACGCUUAUGAGUCAAAAGGCGAGUUCAACACAAUAAAUGGUAUUAAACCGUUGAACGAAGAACCGGCCGACGAGCUGCACGAGCAAGUUAAAAGAGACGUCGCCCCGUCAGACUUGAUGUUCGAAAAUGACCAAGAGCCGGCCGUCCGGAACGGCGACGAUUUCGACGAAUACAGGAGAAUCCCGUUCGACCAGUCGACCGAUGGUCCCGUGGACAUGAACAGAGCGAGAAACUUGUUCGACGACGUCAAAACAGACAACGUCGAACCGUCGUCGGUGGACGCCGACCCUUACAUGUCAUUGAUGGAAACUGUGGUGCCGACCAAAAAAGACGAAUUCAAUCCGUUUGCUGCCGACAAGAUCCAAGAGGAACUCAACGCUUCGUUCUCGGAGAACGGGUCGAUUUCGAUAGACUCCAAAGUAAACGGCGGCUAUGACGAUGGCGCCGGCGCCGACGAAACCGAGGUCAAUAGUAGGGCCGGUGACGAUUCGGUGAGCACGGCCAAUGCCACGGUGGGCUCGGUGAUCCCGCAGUUCGACGAGGAAGACGUGACGACCACGGAGUUCUUCGACGGCAACCGGACCAUGAGUGCCGGCGCGUACGAGGAUAGUAAGCUGGACGACAGCGCUAGCACUACCGAUGCAGUGGUGGGUUCGGAGCCGUGCACUCCAAUGCGGAUGGUCAACCAGUCGACGUUCGAAUCGGACAACGACGACGUAGAGGACCAAUACGUGGCCGGUCAGAGGUCGGAAGGCGACGACAAGGAGAACGACGACCCGUUUUCCUUCGACCAAACGGCCGUGGAAGAUCCCGAGGGAAUCGUGCCGAUCGCUGCGCCCGCGGUUGAAAAUCCCGAGGUCGUGGAACCGGCAGGAGAGUCGAUCGGACAGUCUAUCACCGGAGAACCUGUGCCCGUUGUAGAACCGGAGUUCAUCAAACAAGAGGCCAAAGCAGUGCACUCGGUAUACGAACAACAGUAUUUGCCCGAAUCCGAUUUUACUACUAGCACGCACGAAGCGUUGAUGAAUACCACUGCUGGACAAGAUAACGACGUAGACAACGGAGUGUCCAGCACCGUGCCAGAAGUGGAUUUGGUGCCGCACCACGCGGCCUACUCAGAACAGGAACCGGAAACCGAAGACAGCGACGUGGACGAAGUCAAGUGUCACGCCGAGGGUCUGGAUCAGUUCCGAUACGACACCGAUCCCGUAGCCGAAAACCGAGACAAUGACUUUGAACUUAAACAAGACAAUUUAAGCGAUUUCCAAAAACAUCAACAUCACGACGAUUUUGCGCAACAGGGUCAUGACGUUUUUGGGGUGUCUGAAAAUCACCUCAACAGCAUAGAACAGCGUGGUGAUGUAUUCGAGCAAAAGCAGAUCGAACAGAGUGAGGCUACUCACGAGGACAACGGCUACGAAGGGGACCGUCCGGAAGAAAUCGCACACCAAGAAGAUCAUUGUGAAGUGGUAGACAGCGACGAGGAAAUGCACUCUUCCAUGAUUAUCCAUUCCGAUGUGGAAAGCAACCCGCCUCAACCGUACUGUUCGACCACUAACACUUUAACGGCCGAUCCAGAUAUGAUGUCCAGGAGCAUGACGUUCGAGGAAAACUUCCAAAACAGAAACAUGAGUGACUCGUUGUACGUUAUGGAAACGAGUUCAGAUUAUUUCGGCGAUCUGAAAGAGACCAAUGAAUGUCCAGAACAGGCAGUCAAAGAGUCUAAGGCCGUUAAUGAAUUUAAGUUCAAUGAAGAACUGAAUGUUAUUGAUGAACCUCAUUUCAACAAACAACCCAAUAUUGUUGAUGAACCUCAGUUCAACGAAGAACCUAAUGUUGUUGACGAAUUUAAGUUCAACGAAGAACCCGAGGUUGUUGACGAUUUCAAAUUCAGUGAAGAACCCAAAAUGGUUGAAAAACCUACUGUUGUCAAAGAGCAAGUUAUGAAUGAGGUCGCGGUAGAAAAACCAGCUGAAGAAAUCGUCAUAGAGCCAAAACCAGAGGUGAUAGAUGAACAACCCAUGGUGGAAGCAACACCCACUCAAUUGGCUGUGGCAUUGGAAGAACCAAAAGUUGUUGUACCCCAAGAAGACAGUAACAAAGUCUCUGAAAUUGUUGUUGCUGCUGCUGCUGGUGUUGCGGUAGCAGCCGCAGCCGCUGGAGCGGUCGCCUUAGCAUCUAAAAAGUCAACAACUCCCAAGAAACCAGAGGCCACCACUACCAAAGCUAAGACGACCACUAUGAAAGCUGCACCAAAACCUUUGGCUUCAAAACCAACUGCUCCUGCAGCCAUAAAAAGAACUAGUGUGUCCACAACAGCAGCCAAACCGAAAUCGGCCACCACUUCAACAACUUCUAGGUCAGCAUCUGCCACUUCUCGACCGAACACUGGUCUUAAGACCACUUCUGCGACACUGAAACCUACGACAAUUACAAAAACGUCUAGCAAACCAGUGGCACCCAAGACUACGGUUGCUGCACCCAGGCCAGCCUCCGCCCAAAAAACUCCAACAACUCCAAGGACUUCGACGACACUGAAAACAUCAACAACUCCGAAAGCUACAACAAGUCCAAGAACUGGUGUAAAUGUUACAAGAACUCCACCUACGUUAAAACCGACCACAUCCACGACCACGCCCAGAACGUCUUUGGCCAGUAAACCGUCGCUAACAAACGGUACAUCAAGACCACCAAGUCGUCCGAUUUCUGCGGCUGCAAAGAAACCGUUGACUAAUGGCACGGCAAAACUAACCAACGGGGAUGUGUCCAAACCGGCUCCUGGUAAAGGUCGUGUUAAUUUAGCCACUAGAACUAGCCUAGCACCACCCAAGUUGCCUGCAAAAGCAAAACCCGCACCUAAACCCACUGUUGCACCGCCUGCGAUGCCAGGGCCAAUCAGAAGACCCAUAGCUUCCGCCACAAAAAAGACUGAGACGGCCACUUCCUAAAUUUUGAUUAUUUUAUCACACUUCUACUACAUUUAAAAAUUAUAUAACAUUUUGGUUAUUUUAUAAAAUGAUUUAUUUAUUUUAUUUUAUUUUUUUAUUGUGUUUUAAUUUUGUGAUUUUUUUUUUUUGCUCUGCUAAAAAUUUGUAUUUUUCUAAUUUUUUAAAAGCAGUUUAAAAAAAAACCGCUAUUUAGCAACAUGAUAUGUUUGAUAAUAAAAAAAUAUAUGUUUUAUGGUUUUUAUGUUUAAGUGACAUUUAUAGUACUUGUUUAAAAUGAGAGAAACUUGCAAACAUUUUUAUGUGUAAGUUUUAAAUGUAUUAUUAUUAUUAUUUUUUUUUUUUUUUUUAUUGAUAAAUAUUAUUUGUUUUAAAGCUAUUAUUUUUUACAUAUUAUUAUGUAGUACCGAAAAACGAACACCAUUGUUCUCUUAAAUGAGCAAAAACAUAAACUGAGCUUUAACUGUAUAUUUUUUUUUUCUAGGUGCUAUACAUAUUUCAACAUUUUAUUUUAUGUCUAAAUUUUAAAUUUUUACAUCUAACUCAAUGUAAUUUUUAUUGGAUCGUUAACUUUAUUUUAAACGCCUAACUUAUUUUUUAAUAUUUUUUUCCAGUAUGUAUACAAUUAUUUACACGUAUUAUUUAUUAUUUUUGGCCUAGAUAACAUUAUAAUUAUUAUGCUCCUACGCUUAGCUACUUCUUAUUUUUAUCAAAUAAAGGUGUUAUGUUAGAAAAAAUAAACAUUGAAUUAUAUAGGCUACAGUUGAUAGUAUUUGUAUUAUUAUUUUUAUUGUUGCAUGUUAUUAUUAUCCUCGAUUAAUUUAACAUAAUAUUUUAUACCGUACUUGUAAUAGUAAAUGCAUGGGAAACAAUGUAUGAAUCUUAAAACAAUAUUAAACAAUAAUUGUAUUUGGUAUAA